UGCAUUCUCCAAAACAACCAUUCCACAUUCAAAAAUCAAACUCUUCCCUCUAAAAUCUUCUGCUUCUCUCGAAUCUCUUCUCUUCUCUGAAAGUCAGUAAUGGAGGGCACGAAGUCCACAAAGGCAGCCGGUGGCAGGCGAGGUGGUGAGCGAAAGAAGGCCGUCUCGAAGUCCAUCAAGGCUGGUUUGCAAUUUCCCGUCGGUCGUGUUGCUCGCUUCCUGAAGAAAGGCCGCUACGCUCAGAGGAUCGGAACCGGUGCUCCGGUCUAUCUCGCCGCUGUUCUCGAGUAUCUGGCAGCUGAGGUGUUAGAGUUGGCUGGAAACGCGGCAAGAGAUAACAAGAAGAACCGUAUCAUACCCAGACACGUACUGUUGGCAGUAAGAAACGACGAGGAACUGGGUAGAUUGCUGGACGGAGUCACCAUUGCCAGCGGUGGUGUCCUCCCUAACAUUCACUCUGUGCUGUUGCCCAAGAAGACGGAGAAGAGCGAGAAGGCCUCUCAACCUAAAUCCCCCAAGAAGGCUUAAUUACUUGUGCCAUAUAGAGAAUGCAGCCCUUUGAGUGGUGCUGUUAACCUUGUAGCAAUCCUUCUUCUUUUCUUAAUUAAUCGUCUCCAAUAGAAAAAUCUCAUCUUGAGAUUCAGUUUUUUA